ACAGUAAUGAACAGUAUUUGCACCUAUAAAGAAGGCUCUGAUCCGCGAGAUGAGACAGUCGAAACAGUCUAUAUGUGGCAGUUGUUGAUUGUCUUUGGCUGCCUGUUACCUGUAAAUCAGGUACGGGCGGAUUUACUAGAGGAAUGCACAGGUGUUAUAAUCAACAAGGUGCCCAAUGAGAACACGCAAUGCAGCGAAUAUGUUCACUGCGAUGGCGAGGAUUCGUACUACUGCAAUGGAGAUUGUCGCGAGGCCGUCGAUUGUAACGCUAAGGAAGUGACUACCAGAGCACCAGUUACCACCUUAAGAACUGCUGAACCCACACCCACCACCACCACGACGAGAGUGUCCACAACCGAAGAAGCUCCUUCUCCGGCAAAUACAACAUCUACUACACCGCAGACGGUGACAACCUCUUCGACCAUUUCACCACCUUCGAUGCCAACCACCGAUGUCCAUGUGAAGUGCAAGACGAGUGGCAAAAAUGAGGUCUAUCCGUAUCCAGCGAAUAGUAAUUACUACUAUCAAUGUCUUGCCGGUUAUCUGCUACUUCAGCAAUGCCCCCAGAACUUCCAUUUCGAUCAGUUCCAAGGACAGUGUAUUUCCACAAAACCGUAUCCGUAUCCGUAUCGCUCAUCGCGCUUACAUGUGUAAGAUGCAUCUGUGAAUCUGUAAUAAAGUCACUAUCAAAGCGUGUUCUUAGGCAAA